AUGCGAAAAUUGGAAUGGGGCGACUUGGGAGUGAAGGUUGAUGGUCGGCAGCUACACCAUUUGCGCUUUGCUGAUGACAUCGUAUUGAUAACACCUAGCAUCAGCCAAGCGGAACGAAUGCUGACCGAAUUCGACGAAACAUGUGGAUGCAUCGGUCUUCAGCAGAAUCUGCAAAAGACGAUGUUCAUGCGCAACGGAUGGGUCUCGGAUGCUCCAUUCACGCUCAACGGAACGAACAUGUCCGAAUGCACCAGCUACGUUUAUCUGGGUCGGGAACUAAACAUGAUGAACGACCUGACCCCCGAGCUGGGCAGGAGGAGACGAGUGGCUUGGGGAGCGUACAAGAGCAUCGAGGAUGUAGUGAAGAAGACCAGGAACACCCAGCUCCGUGCUCACCUCUUCAACACCACCGUACUUCCUGCUUUGACCUAUGCAUCGGAAACCUGGGCAUUUCGCAAGGAGGAAGAAAACGCGGUGAGCGUCAUUGAACGCGUAAUUGAGAGAGUGAUGCUAGGAGUAUCCCGUUUCACGCAAGUGAGGGACGGGAUUCGAAGUUCUGUCCUACGUCAGUGA